GGACCUCUGCAAGCGAUGCACCGCCGUCUCGCCACCGCGGCCGCCGCGCCGGCGCUCCGGCGGCUCUCGCACCACAGAGCGCCUCCCCGGCAUGACCCAAAGCUCGCCUUCCUCCGCUCCGAGAUCGACGACCUUUCCCUCUCGUCAUCCCAUAAACCACGAUCACGACCUCCACCUAGCGACCAAUGCCAAGUGACAGAGAAGCCAAGAAGCGGUCUUGCUCAGGCCGGAGGCGCACCAGCCGCAGUGGACAUAGCGCAUCCGUGGCCGGAGUGGGUCGCGCUGAUGGAGCUCCUCCUCCGGAGGGGCCACGUCGAUCCCUCCGCCUUCGCCGCCAGCUCGCCGUCUUCUAAGGACGCCAACGCUGUCCGCACCGCCUGCCUCCGUUUUGGGCGCGAGCGGCCUGAGCUCAUCAGGUAUAUAUCAAGAUGGGAUAUUCAGGUCGCCUUGCGAUGUGGUUGCCCCAGCAUUGACAGGAAGGUUGUAAAUUCUGGGAAGCGAUUGCGGGCUUAUGUAGGCCUUGAUGAAGGAGAGGUUUGCAGUCAAUGCAAUUUAAGAGGAAGUUGUGAGAGGGCAUAUGUAAAGGCUCGGAAAGAAGAAGUUGGAAGGACUGUGGAUGUUAUGCGCAUCCUUUUGACUUAUGGUCUUGAUGUUAUUACUGACAAUGUAGAGAACAGAGCAUGCCUAAACAAAACUGUUAAGGAAUCAAUAAAGAGCCUACUAAACGAGGUUGUUGAGGUCGAUUCUAGGGGACCUGGUUCCAGCACCACUAAAUCUGCACAGUGCAAAGGUCAAUCAGCUUUACCCCGGAAGCAGGGUGAUUGGAAUUGUCCCAAAUGUGACUUCCUGAACUUCGCGAAGAAUAUCAAAUGUUUGCGCUGUGAUGGAGAAUUCCAAGAGAGGUAUCAGUUGCUGCAUGAAGACCAAGAGCAUCUACCUCUCAAAAAGGGUGAUUGGAUAUGCAAAAAGUGCAAUUUUUUGAAUUUUGCAAAGAAUACAAGAUGCUUGCAAUGCCAUGAGAAACCAACAAACCGUUUGCUCAAUCCAGGAGAAUGGGAAUGUGUAUCGUGUAACUAUGUGAACUUCAAGAGGAAUGCAUUCUGCUUGAAAUGUUGUUGGAAAAGACCAAAAUCUCUGAACAGUCAAGAUAGUAUUGAAUCACAUCAUGAUUUGGAGCAUAGUAGGAAUCCCUCUAUUUCAUUUGUUCAAGAUGGCGUCCAAUCAAAGAAUUGGCAAAUUCCACAGAAGAAUGCUCCACAAUCUGACGAAGAUUCAGAUUUCUGGAGUGCAGACAGUGAAGGUGAUGACAGCAGGGCUAACGUUUUGCUCCCGCUACAGGACUACAAAUUCCUUGAGAGUUUUCCCAUUGCUCGUGGCAAGACUGCUACUGCGCAAGAUCCUCUUGCAAGGGAGAAAUGGAAGGAUGAAAUGUCCAGGAGGAACAAAGGCCUACUAAUAAAGGAAUCACGAGAAUGCAGUCGACCUUUUAGGUCCGUUCGUCUUCCUAGAAGCAUGGAGCUGGUUGACUCUGAUGAUGAUAUCGCCUCAUGGUUUUCGGGCGGAGCUAAUAAAAUAUGGAGAAGGCAUAACCAAAUUUUGACAAAAUUCUCAUUCGAGGGGAAGGCUGACAGGUUGGAGCAAACUGUCCUCUUAAACUUUUUGAAUAAAUGUCCUCUUAAACUGCUCCACUCAUUCUUCGCCUCUCUCUCUCUCUCUCUCGUGUGCCGCCCCCUUCCAGUUGUAUUCCUUUUUCCUUUCUGGAGCAGUUCCCUUUCUGGAGCUGCUCCGGGCGUGCUCUCACUUCUUCAUUUUCCUCUCGGCCACCCUUGGAAUUGGAAGACGACCUCACGCGGGGCUUCGAAUAUUCCUUGUCUUCUCGGCUCGGUUAGGCACCAACACCGCCCUUCGGCUCCAGUACGCGUCCUCCUCUCCUCCCAUCUCAAGAAAUCGCCGUUGCAGCAAGUGAAGCUGGAGGAAGCGGAGGGGCUCGCGAUGGGGUCCGAGGGACCGUCGGCUCCGGUCGUCGUUCCCAGAAACUUCAGGCUGCUAGAAGAACUAGAACGUGGUGAGAAGGGCAUUGGUGAUGGGACAGUGAGCUACGGGAUGGAUGAUGCUGAUGACAUUUAUAUGCGGUCCUGGACAGGAACUAUCAUUGGCCCUCCCAAUACUGUUCACGAGGGACGAAUCUAUCAAUUAAAGCUUUUCUGUGAUACAGAUUAUCCAGAUAAACCACCAACUGUUCGAUUUCAGACUCGAAUCAAUAUGACAUGUGUGAACAAAGAAACUGGAUUGGUUGAACCAAGUCUAUUUCCUAUGCUUGGAAACUGGCAAAGGGAACAUACAAUGGAGGACAUCCUAACCAGCUUAAAAAGGGAGAUGUCGACUCCUCAGAAUCGCAGGCUGCACCAGCCUCAAGAAGGUAAUGAAGACCAAAGAGUAGAGCAGAAAGGGCUGCCUCAUAGAUGUGUCAUCAUGUAACAGAUGUGCAUUGCAAUGUACAGCUUGAGUUGAGUAGCAUGACUGCAUGGGAUGCAGAAGUGAGGAACCUUCUCAGGAAAUCGUGUAAUUUGUCCAAACUGCGCAAGAGUUGCAAUAAAGUAUCGAGGACUCUGUUGAUUUGCCUGCGCACCAUGUAACAUGUUACCCCAUUCAGGUUCAGUGAAGGACAAUGAGCUUCACAUCGCUCAUUCUGCCUGUUUGUAAACACUCUGUAGUAUGUACCGUCGGGUUAUCUGUCUAGGCCUGUUGUUUUAUACAGGAACAGCGUAUUGAUAAAUAUCACAGCCUGAUUGGUUGUUAUUGCUCUUUCUA